CGGGACAAAUGCGCGGCGCAGUGGCAAAGCUACCAUCAAGUUGGCCCCGAGUCCGUCGACCUAAUCGCAGUAGACUAGUUGUACGCACGACGCACUUUUGUUGCUUUAUUUUGUGAAUAUAGACGGACUUGUUUCCGGUUUGUUUAUGUUAACCGCCGAGUCACGUCUGCUACCCUUCCGAUGACAUUUCCGGGGAAACUUUUCGUUGCUGACGCGGUCUCAGGAUGACGCAGGCAUUUGUUUUUGUUGUCCUUGCACCAUGCACCUUUGAUGCACCAAGUAUUUCGGAGGCGCCUGUUCCUGCUAACUUCUAGUAUAAAAUCACGAACAUGCAACGGUGUCCGUAUAUUCACGAGAUGAAAGAGCGCCUCCUGGGGGAGCAGAUACCGAUGGAACCGCUUCCGAAGAAAAUACCAACACCGCCGCCUUUCGCAAUGGACCAACAGCAUCAUCAACAACCAGUAGCCACCAUUGUUAGGCUUAAUGCAGAUGGUUACGGUUCUCAUACAUCACCGACUCAUCAUAGGGCCGACCGAACACCUUUGAUGCCUAAAGAACCAGAAGACGACUUUCAUUGUGUAGAAACAACAGUUAUUCCAAAAAAUGCCAAGACUUCCUUGUUCAUAAUCAUGAGUUUUGUGUAUGCAAAACUUCUGGUUGUUGUUUGUAUAGCGUACGUAAUAUCAGAUGUAGUUACACAUAAUAUACCACUUUAUUACUACGAAGGUUUCUUUACAUACCUGUAUGGUAUGAGCAUAUUAUUUCUUCUCUACGUCUUCUGUUUUCUAUUACAAGAGAGUACAUGUUGCUCAGAGAGUGAAAAAAAAGAGAAAGUAAAGAAACCACCCAAAGAGAAAGCCAAAGAAAAAGAAAAAGAAAAAAAGAAAGAAGAAGAAAAGAAAAAGAAGGAGGAGAAGGAAAGGUUAAAGAAGGAAAAAAAGGAAAAAGAGAAAGAAAAGGAAAAAGAGAAAGAAAAAGAAAAGGAUAAAGAAAAGAAGAGUAAAAAACAGGAAAAGAGGGAGAGAUUUCCACGUAAGAUGCGUGACAUGGUCCAGCAGAAGGCAACAUCCCCAACUCACCAGAGCACAUACCGGCGCAACUCCGAAGGGGUGGUUGACGCAGGUUUGGCUGCAGUGCCGGUGCCUGUGGCUGAAAUCAGUGCACAAUCUGACGCCCCUGUUGUCUCGCAGGAACAAACAGCUCCUGCUGUACCUGUCCCACCACCCACAACACCACAACCUGCCGCCCUUCCAGCUCCCGCUCCUGCUGCGGCGGCGAACAAUACCGACGUGGAGGCUGGGACGGUCAGCAAAUGCAAGAAAAAACGGAAGACGACUCAAAACGAUCAGAGUCACGGCAGUUUCUUUCUGCGAAUCGGUGCUAUUGCAUUCGGGCUGGGUACGAUGAUCUAUAACGGGCUGGAGUUUGGGACGUUUUUCGAAGUGCCAUUCACUUCUCCUUGUUACAUGAUUCUGCGUGGGGUCAAUCCUGUCCUUCAGAUGAUCUUCACUUUUAUGCAGAUGUACUUUAUUUUUAUGAACUCACGGUUAAAUAUUCAUCGAUUUAAAGUCAUAGCACGUUUCGGCUUGAUGCAUGUUGUUGCCACAAACAUUUGUGUCUGGAUUAGGACUCUUGUACUCGAAUAUCUUAAGGAGAUUACCAUCUACCACAAAGACGAAUUUAACCAAACCAUCGAGUUUUCAGACAGUGUACGUAUGCACAACUUGCGUAAUGCGAAUACGGUGUUAGGCAGCAACGUUGCAGUGCCAGAUGUUAUCACUACAACAGCAGCUACUGUCACGACAGCACCUCUAGUCACUUCGACGUUAAGAAGUAUACUUAAAACAACAACUAGCACUGCUGCGACUACGUUACGUAGUUUAGCUACCACGCUGCCAACUACCACCAGCUCUAGACGUGUGUUCACAACUCCCACAAGAAUCGUACCAACAACUUUGUGGCGGUUAUUUCACACCACUCCUAGUACCAUCCCUACAACACCAUCUACUACUACUGCUACCACCACUACUACUACCACAGUCGCUAGCAGACUUUGGAAAGCUAUAACAACUACCCUAGCAACGACUACUAGUACUGCAUCCACAACUCAUCGCAAUUUCUUUGAUUAUAGAAGUCCUUAUAACUUUGAUACUAACAGUGUGGUUAAUGUGGCAGAAGAGCCAGUGAAUGCCAUCAACGGUUCAGAAUUCAUUGAUGACAUAAUACCUCAAGCAUUCAGAGCUUUAAAUACCACUAAUGGCUCCGUCGCGAGCGCUUUGAGCUGUGACCGAGUAAAUAUAAUGGGAACAAUAGUUCAAGAAUCUGCCCCUUAUCUAUACCCUUUCAUCAUUGAAUACUCACUCAUCGGAGCGGCGGUUAUUUAUGUCAUGUGGAAGCACAUUGGACGGAAUCCAAGAUACGUGACCCAGGAAGAUUUAGAGCAUCGUUUAGAGGUGAUGCUUUCUAGACGGGCCGUCGCUCUAGCUCAAGCCCAACAAGGCAGAGUCGACUGCGUCGGAGCCUCCAAAGGCUUGUUCUUCGGCUUGCUUCUCCUAGUCGGGUCGCUCAUAUGCUUGAUAUUGUUCUUCGUGCUCAUCCAUCAUCCGAACUUUAAACUUCUCGCCAUCUAUCUUGCAGACGUGUCUCAUUGUGUUCUUAUGGUGCUCAGCAUAAUAGCGAUUAUUAUUGGAUUUAUAAGAAUGCACCUGACGUCAACACGCCUAAAUUACAGGGUACAGUCACUCAAGUUUAAAACAGAAGAACAAAGUGAUCUCAAUGAUAUCCUUCUGCGCGUCUCAGCUUUCGGCUUGUUCAUCUAUGCGGUGUUCAGUGUCAUUGCAGGACAUUUGAACGCUUUCACCAACGAAUCCAAUUUGUUAGUGAUGAUUACCGGAAUUCUUUCGGUUCUGCAGGUGAUUCUACAGUUGCUUUUUAUUGCCGACGUUUCGCGUCGCCGUGUUCACCUUCCGGAACACGACCGCUCUAAACCUGGACGACAGGUUGUCACGUUUUUGCUCAUCUGUAACGUUACCAUGUGGAUUAUUUACACGUUUGAGAUGCAAAAAGUGAAGGCUAAUCCGGUGCAGUUGAAGUUUUAUGGGUUUUUGGCCUGGGCUAUAGUCCAGCGCUUCACUCUGCCGCUCUGCAUUUUCCACAGAUUUCAUUCAGCUGUUACACUGGCAGAAAUCUGGAAAACUAGUUAUAAAGCGAGACUUGAAUAAUUCGUACUUAAGGAAGUAGCAUUUAUGUUUUUAAGGGUCAGCUAACGAACACACUCCCUUAAAAAUUUACAAUGUAUAAGUCUGAUGGUUUUGCUCAUCUAAAGUAAGCAAAAUUUUUGUUUUAUUUAUUUGAUAGUUUAUUGUGUUAGCAAAUUUUGUUUUUGCAUUUGUUUUAUAUAUUUAUUUAUUUUUCACUGUUAUAGUUGUAUUAAUUACAUAAGUUUUGAGAUCUAUUUUGUUCACCUUCCAUAAUAUUUCACAUUCAGUACUAUUCCAUUCAUUAUAUAAUACUAUGCGGCGGAAAAAGAAUUUAUCAUUUCAUUUCAUCAAGGGCCAACCCUUGUUACACGCACAUAUUUGUAAUGAAACCAAAGUACUUAGAUGAAUUUGUAGUCAUUUUGCUACUUAAAGAACAGACCCAUCCAAAACAAUAUAUACAUCAAUGUUACAGAUUACUGUUUUAGUGUAAACAUAGAAUAGUUGAUUGGUAAUCCUGAAGUGAAAAUAUCUCCUGUUGUCAUAUUUUUGCGUCGUGAUUACUGUUAUAAAAUUUAAAAACGUAAUUCCAACAUUUUUAUAUACAUUUCAAAUGAGCGCUACUAAUAAUAUUGAAUUUGUAGUCUAGUUAGAUGUUGGUAUAUGUGUGUGUAUAUAACAAAAAAAAAAUCAAACCAUGUUGGUGGAAUAUUUAUGUGAAUUGUUUGAAGGGAGAAUUUGUUACCAUAAUACUGUAAACAACAUUUAUAUUUUCACAGGCAGAAUAUUAUUUCCUUAUCACUUUUGUACCGCCACAUAAUAGUUCUAUAGUUAUUAUAAGAUGUACUGCUUGUAAUUUUUGUGGACCACCGAAUAACUGAACGUUCAACUAAAAGACUUGAAGCAUACCUACGACAUUUCGUUCUCAUUAUUUUUUAUUCCUGUUGGACUUCUAAAGUGAAUUUUACUCAGAUUUACAGCAAACUUUAAAGUAUUGCGUACAAAAUUUGGGUAAAGUUUGUCUUUGGAAGGUCGGUAUUUUUAGUAAUUAGUUUUUAAGUAAAUGACCAACUUUUCGGUACAACUUUGAAUUAGAGCAAAAAAUCGUAAGCAAAAUUUACAAGGUCUCGAAUUAGAUUAUGAACACGCAAAUAAUAAUCGUUGAAAAUGUGAUUCCAUUGUAAUUAUUAAAAUCCUAGCUUUAAGUUCAAUGAAGUCAGUCAUUAAUCUCAUCAAAAUUUUACAUGUGCUACAUUACUGUCUUGUGAAAUCUGUGUUAUAUCACCGUAAGAGAUAAUAUAUAACAUUAAUAUUACAUAUUUAUAAGUAAUGUUAUAGAUAGAGCUAGUUGGAGAAUAUACUCAUAUAAAUGUAUAUAUUUUAAAUCAUAUGUAUUUAUUUCUAUUUUAAAUUGUGGAGAAAAAAUUAAUAAGAUUCAAGUAAGGUCGUGAUGUGUAGUAGGUACUUACGCUCAAAUGUCCAAAUUAAAUCGAUAAUCUUUAAACUACUACUGUGUAGAUGGGCUUGGAUCGUACUCAACACUGCCGUUUUCUCUAAAUGUUCAACGUUUUACCAUGAUUAAUAUGUUGGUUGCUUAACUUACUAAUUAUAAUUAUUUUAACACAGAUCUUCUUACAUUUGAUAUUUUAGUACGUUGUGUGUAAUUUACCGUAAUAAACACAGAUAUGUAGAAUAACCAGCCAUUUUAUUAAGAUCUACAUUGUUUAUUUAUUUAGAAUAAUAAAAGUCUGAAAAAAUGUGUUUUUAUUGUACUUCCGUGCCAUUAAAAUACUACAAAUAUUAUUAA